CCCGCCAUUCCACCAUCCGACGAAGCCCUUACCACACCCGACGGCCCAAAAUGGUGGACUUGGACAUUGCCACCACUGCUAAUUCCUCUUCAACAACAGCUCCCAGCAACAACACUCCCCAUCCGCCAUGGACGCCUUCGAAUACAACGCCAACCCCAGCCGCGUCGUCUUCGGCUCGGGCACGCUCAAGAAGCUCCCAGCCGAGCUCUCACGCCUGAACGUCAAAGCGCCCCUGAUACUCAGCACGCCGGGACAAGCGCAGCAAGCCACAGCAGUGCGCGCAGUGCUAGCCAACGACAUUGCAGGCAUCUUCACCGAAGCGGCGAUGCACACGCCCACAGACGUGACAGACAAAGCCGUAGCAUUCGCGCAAGCGCAGCGCGCCGACAGCGUCGUCUCCAUCGGCGGGGGCAGCACGAUCGGCUUGGGCAAAGCUAUUAGUUUCCGCACCGGCGUGCCGCACGUCUGCGUCCCGACUACGUACGCGGGCAGCGAGAUGACGCCGAUACUGGGCGAGACGGCGGCGGGGCAGAAGACUACGCGGAGCGAUCCGCGGAUUUUGCCUGCGACCGUGGUCUAUGAUGUCGAGCUUACGCUGACGCUGCCCGUGAAGCUGAGUAUGGAGAGCGGUCUCAAUGCUGUCGCGCAUGCUGUCGAAGCGCUCUACGCGCAAAACGCCAACCCCAUAACCUCUCUCCUCGCAACCGAAGGCAUCCGCGCGCUCGCCUCCGCCCUCCCCACCCUGCUCACAAACCCCACCUCCCCCUCCCCCCGCAGCACCGCCCUCUACGGCGCCUACCUCUGCGGCACCGCCCUCGGCAGCGCCAGCAUGGCCCUGCACCACAAGCUGUGCCACGCGCUGGGCGGGACGCUGAACCUGCCGCACGCGGCGACGCACGCGGCGGUGCUGCCCCACGCGCUCGCGUACAACUUGCCUGCGCUGCCGGAGGAGACGAGACGACGGCUCGCGGAUGCGCUGGUGCCUGGUGCUGGUGCUGGGGAAGAUGCCGUGACGGGGCUUAAUAAGCUGGUGGGGAAGCUGGGCGUGGGUGGUGGGGGGUUGAGGGCGCUGGGGAUGCGCGAGGAGGAUGUUGAUGCCAUGGUGGAUAAGGUGCUGGCGAGGCCGUAUUGGAAUCCGCGGAAGGUGGAGAGGGAGGGCGUUAGGGAGGUUGUGAGGAGGGCGUGGGCGGGUGAGGAGGCGAGGGCUGAUUUGUGA